AGUUAGCAUUUCGAACCGCCAAUAUGAAGUUUAUGGCAAUAUGCCUAUUGGCAAAUAUUGGCUACAUACUUGGCACUACAAUUGGCCAGCUUAAUGACGAAGCCACAAUUCGACUAAAGGGACUUGUGGAGAAAUAUAAACUGCAAGCUCUUAGCAAUCCCGAAUUCUCUCAGUGGAUUGGCAAACUUGAGAAAACUAGCAAGUCGAGAAGAUUGGAAGACAAAAUGAAGGUCAAAGCUGAAUUUAAAAACUACGACGAACGUCGCUUGCAAUUGGAAAAUAAAAUUAGGGAACGCAUUACGGCGAUCGAUGACCUCAUAUCCGAUAUUAUGGCCAAAGUCCCGAUAAAGGAUAAAGGGUGUCUCAAGUAUUACCAACGCCAGAAAAGAUCCCUUAAAUUGGCCCACAAUUUUUCGAAUUUAACUAAGCAAACAAACCUCAUACGCAACUCGAAACAAUGCGAAACAACUAAAGUGCAGUCUAGUGAACUAAGUGAAAGCUCUGAAAAUCCGGAUGAGUAUAGUUAUUACUAAGCUAGUAUUACUAGUAUCUAGAUAGUGCAUUAUAUCAAUAUAUACACAUAUAUGUAUCUUUCGAGAGCUUCCAGCAACGAGUUUCCGGCCCUGUUAAUAUUGAUUAUAAUCAAUCUCGUUGACCAUACUUUCAUUUCGCAGAGCCCGUGGCCAUUUUUAUUGCAUCCACAAUUCGGCUGACCACAUUUUAGCUUCAUUUACAGUUAUUUGGCCGGCCCCCACCUGCACAGAUACUGUCACACCACCGGCCGCCGACUAAAUGCCUACGCCAACAGCUACGCCCACGGCCACACCCACGCCCACUGCCACGCCCCGCAGGCAAAACCGCAAAUUCAAUUUUGGUUUAGAGCCUACAAACAUUUUGCAGCGUGUUUAUGUCCGGCUGCAUUGUUGCGAGUAGUUUUCGCUCCUGGCCCGCUUUUAAUGCAAUUUAUGGGAAGUGUUUGCCCCGGAUUCGGUUGCCACUGACCACAAAGCGAUCUUUUGUGAUAUGGAGAGUGGAUGUGGAUGUAGGCGCGGGGCAUGGGGUAUGGGGCAUGCGGCAUGUGGCAUGGGUGGGUUAAAAUAGUGGUCGCGGUCUCUAGUUGGGUUUUCAUUAAAGCAUGACCGGUUGCCAACUGACAGUUCUUAGUGGCCAUGUCCGCAUCAUAAUCGUCAAUCGAACUUUGGACAAAUUUGCAAUUUUGCAGAUUGCGGAUGCG